AUGGAUUUCUUUCCUAUCUCUGUUAUCAAGACUCAUUUGUAUUAUAAUGGGGUUGAUGAAACUUAUAAGGUAUGGAAGUGGCAUGGGGAGAAAGAAGAUACGUCUUUGGGUAGUAGUGAAGAUUCAGCCUCAGGUUCAAUUGAAUUUGAAUCUGUGGGUGGGAAUGUUGGGGUAGAUUGUACAAUGGAUGGGUCUGAUGAGGAGGAUGAGUUUUCAUCAGAGUGCAAUGAUUUUAAGGAGUUUGUUGAGGAUGCAAAUAAGCCAUUAUACCCUGGCUGUGUACGAUUCACAAAGUUGAGUGUGCUGGUGAAGUUGUAUAAUUUAAAAGCUAAACAUGGAAUGAGCGAUGCAGCUUAUUCUGAUUGGCUGAUUACUUUUGGUGAGCAUCUUCAGGAAGGUAAUGAAAUUCCUACAUCUGUUUACGAGGCCAAGAAGACUCUGGGGGCACUAGGGAUGGAUUAUAGGAAGAUACAUGCAUGUCCUAAUGACUGCAUUUUGUACAGAAAACAGUACACAGAUAAUGUCAAUUGUCCUACAUGUGGCGUCUCUAGGUGGAAAGUGGGAAAAAAUUCCAAGGAGAGAGAGGGUGUACCCGCUAAGGUACUCUGGUAUUUUCCACCGAUUCCUAGGUUUAAGAGAAUGUUUCAAUCUACAAAAACAUCUAGUAGUUUGACUUGGCAUGCCACUGAUAGACGAAAAGAUGGGUUAAUGCGUCACCCGGCUGAUGCGUUGACCUGGAAAUCAGUUGAUGAGAAGUGGCCCGAGUUUGGUUUAGAGUCAAGAAACCUUAGGCUUGUGCUAUCAUCAGAUGACUUUAAUCCUCAUAGUUCCCUAAGCAGCAAAUACAGUUGUUGGCCAGUCAUUCUUGUCAACUAUAAUCUUCCUCCUUGGCUUUGUAUGAAAAGAAAAUACAUGAUGUUAACGUUGUUGAUUUCCGGGCCUAAACAACCUGGAAAUGACAUCGAUGUCUAUUUAGAACCAUUAAUCGAAGAUUUGAAAGUUCUUUGGGAGGGAGUAAAGGGAGUUUAUGAUGCCUGCAGCAACGAGUAUUUUACUCUUAAGGCUGCACUUUUUUGGACAAUCAAUGACUUCCCAGCCUAUGGUAACUUGUCUGGGAGCAUUGUUAAAGGGUAUAAUGCAUGCCCAAUAUGUCUUGAAAAGACAUUACCAAAGAGGUUGGUCCAUGGAGGGAAGAUGGCUUAUAUGAGGCAUAGAAGGUGGAAAGCAAGAAACCAUCCUUACCGAAAGCAACGGGCUGCUUUUGAUAACCACCAAGAACUUGAGGCUGCUCCUGUUUCAUUGAGUGGAGAAGAAGUUCUGAAAAGGAUGGAAGAAGAAGUGUUAAGUUGGCCAUUUGGGAAGAAACAUCCUUCUCCUCCGUACAAAGGGGAUGAGGAUGAAAAUAGACCUUGUUGGAAGAAGAAGUCCAUCUUUUUUGAACUUAAAUACUGA